AUGGAUGAAGAUGUAAUAAAUUCUGCAAACUUCAAUGAGAAUGAAGAUGACAUGCUUGAUAAACUGGGAGAUGACAUAUUGAAUGAACCAAUUAACAAUAUGUCAAAUAGUGUUGUGUUGACGCCGACAAAGAAUAUUGAUUGUUUGAUUGAGGUUGGAAUGGAAUUUUCUGAACGAAAGGAUAUAUUAGACUUGUUCACAACAUUUGCUAGGACAAGAGGUUUUGGAGUUCGGGUUAGAACAACUAAGAAGAACUACAUGAAGGUAACAUGUGCUAGAGAGGGUUUUGCAGAAUCAAAAAAAAAAAGUGUUGAUCAAGUUUCUCACGGUAAUUUGAUAAAGAGGACAUCAUCAGCACGCAUAGGGUGUGAAGCUUGUAUUAAGGCUUGUACAAAUGAAAAAAUAAAAUUGUGGAGAAUUACAUAUUUUUCUGACAACCAUAAUCAUGGUUUGGUUUCUCCAAUGAGUGUUUCAUAUCUGAGAUCACACAAAAAAAUGCUUGCUGCUGCAAAAUCCUUGAUAGAAAAAUUCAAUGAUUCGGGUUUGCCCAUCGGAAAGGUUGCCACUAUCCUUAGAGGCAAUGAUGUAUUGUUUGAUAGUCGAGAUUGUUAUAAUCAUAUGAAAAAUUGUGAUGAAGAUGAUCGCAUGGAAAGCUUUUUUUGGAUUGAUGCAAGGUCUAGGCAGGUUUAUGAGCUUUUUGGGGAUGUCAUCACCUUCGACACAACAUAUAGGACUAAUAAGUAUUCCAUGCCAUUUGGACCUUUUGUUGGGAUAAAUAAUCAUUUGCAGUCAAUCUUGUUCGGAUGUGCUCUAUUAAAAGAUGAAAUCGAGCAAACUGUUGUUUGGCUAUUUGAGGAAUGGCUUCGAGCAAUGAAUGGGAAACAUCCGAUUGCUAUAAUUACUGACCAAGACAUGGCAAUUACCAAUGCGUGUGUUUGGAACUCCAAAAACACUGAAGACUUUGAUGAUAGAUGGAAUCAUAUUCUUGUUAAGUAUGGUCUUGAUGGAAAUGAGUCCACUUUCUUUGCUGGUAUGAACACUACGCAGCGGAGUGAAAGUAUAAAUUCAUUCUUUGAUGGUUUUGUUACAGCUGGUACAACAUUAAAAGAAUUUGUGGAGAAAUAUAAUCAAGCUGUAGAUACUCGCUACGAGUCUUUCAGAAGGGAAAACUUUGAAUCUAUGCACAAAGAAAGGCGUUUGGUAUUGAAUAUGCCAUUGGAGAGACAUGCAGCUAAAGAAUAUACCUCUAAUAUUUUUGACAAGUUCAGCAAAGAGCUGUGUGAUAGUUUACAAUACUCUACGGAGAAACUUGGAAAUGACGGAGAAUGGGUUACCUAUAGAGUUUUUAAUAUGGAAGAUAUAGAAAAUUCUGCAACAGUGGAGAUAAAGGUGGAUGAUAAAGAAGCUAGGUGUUCUUGUCAAUAUUUUGAAUUCAUGGGAAUCCUAUGUAAGCAUAUUCUUGUUAUUCUGUUUGUUGAAGGUGUUUAUCAAAUUCCUGAGCAAUUCAUUUUGCGUCGUUGGAGCAAGGAAAGAAAUUAUAUACUAAGUUCAUACAACGACACAUGUUUUUCUCCUGGAGAUGGACUCCUUCAGAACCUUCAGCUAAGCUCUAAAUUGUCUAGACUUGCUGAGCUUGCAAAAAGGUCACACAAGGCAUUUAGAAUCAUUGAUGAUGGUGUUGACGCUCUUACUGCGUUUGCAGAAAAGUGUUUAAUAUCUGAGGAGAGUGAGGGUCUGGAGGAUUUCAACUUACAUUCUUUGGAUUCUCAACUCGAAGAGUCUUCCAUUAUGAACUUGAAGAUCCUAACAUUUCACAAACUAAAGGCCGUAAAAGGAUUCAAAGUGGGAUUGAAGAAGAAUCAAAGCAUACUAAUAUAUAUGGACAUUGCAAGAAACGAGGACAUAAUAAGCAACUUUCUUUUGGACAUAAAAGGACCAACUAUAGCAUUUUUGCCGGUGCUUGCAUUUGAAGGGGGAACUAGAAGCAAUAUAAUUUUGAGGUUGUGUUUUCUUUUGCCUAAUGCUUCAUCUUGCAGUGGGAAAGAAGCAAAAUUUGGUGCCUUAAAAGAUGGCCAUAUGUUUGAGUGUACAACUGGUCUCUCAAGGAUGUAUGGAAUUUAUCUUUUGUUGUCCAUGCAUACUGUUAUCAGAUCUUGA